GCCUCGCCCAACUCGUCACGUGCCCUCGCCGGCUGUCCAGGGCGCGUGGCGCUGCCCCCGGCUCGCGUCGCCACUCGUCCGGGCGCACGCGCGGAGGGUGGCUGUGGGCCUCGUGCGGGAGGCGGACUGCGGACUGCUGCUGAGCGGGCGUGGGAGGGGGACAAUUCACUCGAGACUCGAGAGAGAGACGGGACGGGAGACACGGGACAAGGGAGACAGAGACGCGGGACAAGAGUAGAGACGAGACACCGGACAGGUUGUGCAGACAGCCGACCAUGAAGCUGGUCCUCAUCCCACUGUUCAUCUCCCUUCUGGAUGCGGCAUCGGCUGCGAUGCUCCAGAUCACUCUUCCGCAGAGUUUGUCUGUGAGGGAGGGAGAGAACGUGACUAUUCCCUGCUCCUUCUCCCCACCGACGUCCAGCCUGAGCCACAUCGUCCUCCAGUAUUUCACGAUGCCCAGACACUAUGCAGAGAACGUGACGAACAGAGAGAUGAAGAAGAUCUAUCAAUCGGGGUAUGAAAACGAGGAAUUGAGUAUCGUGAAGUCUGUGGGAGACGUGCUGAUGGGAGACUGCUCCAUCGGCAUCCCCAACUUCCCCAAGAACCUCGGCCCCGUGGUUCUGUGCCGCAUCGACUGUCGUCGAUGUAACGCGGAGAACACCGAGGUGCAAGGGGAGGUGCUGCUGAACGUGACGCCUGCAGCCCCACGGUCACACGGUGGGGGUGUGAGUGACGUCACCCUCGCCCCUCUAGAGGAGACCUCGCACAAGGGAGGGGUGGUGGCUGCCUGGGUCCUGGUGCCUCUAGCUGUCAUUGUCAUCAUCAUCAUCGUCUCCGUCUUCGUCUGGAAGAAGAAGAAUCACCGUCGGUGUUCAUGGCCCUGCCCCCACUCACGCAGUGACGGUGGAAAUGCUGACGUGCAUGGGGACGUGAACGGGCAGCCGCUGAUGAACGGACACGAAGAGAGACAACAACAAGUAUUGGAGACCGUGGCCGUUAAGUAAUGGUCAGGCAGCUCGAUGCCCCUUCUGAUUGGUUGGCACGUGGAGCGGGUCGCACACACAAAUUGCCCGUGUGCUCCGGGUUCCAAGUUUUACUUGAAACCUUAGACCGUGCCUUUGCCACCUCUUGCCUUGACAACCGUAACUUUCUAGCGGAUUUCUCUCGUGUGUCUCCAACUCCAUCACCUCUCUUUCCUGGAUUUCUCAGAGUGUCCGUGAACGAAACCAAGUGACCCCAAUCCUGAAAUUGCUCCACCAGGUCCCGAUAGUGGGUGCCACCAUGGCAAGAUGUUAACUACCUCUCUUGGUAUACAGGAGGUCGUGAGUUCUCUCCCGACCCUGACACCUGCCUGUGUAUUUGGAGUUUGCACGUUCU